AAAAAUUAAUUAAGGGGCGGGCAGCGACAUUGAAAACCAGAAAAAACGUGAUGGUUAGCAGAGAAAGUCACAGCUCACACAGAGAUAUUAUAGCGAGCGAGUGAAGGAGGGUGGAGAGAGAGAGAGAGAGAGAUAGAGAGAGACGCAUAUAGAAUAGAGGGUGAGAGAGCGAAGAGAAGUUAGACCUUCAAACUACAAACCAACAAUCAGGAAUAAAUUUAGAAUAAUCUUAUAUCAGGAUUGUGCUUGUUUUUAUGGGCUGCUUUUGCUCGAAGCAUUCUAGACAAACACCUGGCUAUGAGGAGCCUACUAUUCUUGCAUCUGAAACAUCUUUCACUGUGAGUGAAGUAGAGGCUUUAUAUGAACUAUUUAAGAAACUAAGCAGUUCAAUAAUUGAUGAUGGGCUUAUUCACAAGGAAGAAUUCCAGUUUGCACUUUUCAGGAACAGCAACAAGCGGAAUCUUUUUGCAGAUAGGAUUUUUGAUCUGUUUGAUGUCAAGCGCAAUGGAGUUAUUGAAUUUGGAGAGUUUGUUCGAUCGUUGAGUGUCUUUCACCCAAACACUCCUCAAUCUGACAAAAUUGCUUUUGCGUUUAGAUUGUAUGAUCUAAGGUAUACCGGCUAUAUUGAACGUGAAGAGUUGAAGGAAAUGGUACUGGCUCUUUUAAAUGAAUCUGAUCUGAUUCUUUCAGAUGAUGUUGUUGAAACAAUUGUAGAUAAGACAUUCAUAGAUGCUGAUUCAAAAGGUGAUGGAAAAAUUGAUAUGGAAGAGUGGAAGGAGUUUGUAGCACGGAAUCCUUCUCUGAUGAAGAAUAUGACUCUCCCAUACUUAAAGGACAUAACCCUAGCGUUUCCCAGCUUUGUGGUAAACUCUGAGGUUGAAGAUUCAGAAAUGGUGACUAAUGCACAAGGGUGAUGAUAUCAACGUCUCUCUUUUGACUUGAGAUGGUUGAAACCAUGAAGCAACUUGGAGGAAAGUCAUGUUCAUAUGGUUCACCUCUAACGUGAUGGGUAAUAAGAUGAAAAGAAGAUUACAGAGACGGGUACAGACCAGCUAAAGGUCUUGUCACCACCACCUCUGUCAUCUUAAACUCUCACCAGCUAAAGGUCUUGUCUCCACCACCUCUGUCAUCUUAAACCCUCACGGGCGUUCCUGUGAUAUGGGGCAGGUAUAAAUUAAUUGUAUAAGGUUUAGUUUUUGGAAGUUGGAUCUACAGAAAUCAGUUCGAAUCCAUUUCAAACGUGUAUAUUUCGGCAGUUUGAAAAUGGAACAUGAGUAGUAACUAAUAAGACACCAAGGAUGAGAAUUUGUAAUCCUGUUUAGUUACAACUACCCGAAUGGAAAAUAAUGAUAUUGUUGGUUUAUUUCCAUUAUAUCCAUAAUUCCAAGUA